AGCUGAACUCAUCGCUGUACUAAGAACAUCACAUACCAAUCGAUGCUGAGGGAGGUGCAGCGACACUUAAAAAGAGGGCUUGUUUGACAAAUAUAAAACAUUUCCGCCUGACUCAGGAUCACUGAACACAGAGAGACACUCCGCCGUUACGUGCAGCCAUGAUGACGAACUUAAUUCAAUUCGCCCUCAUGGUUAUCGCAGUGCUGAAGUCAACAAUGGGGGCUGACGAGGUGAUCGUGUACACUCAGGUGGGAGAAACAGUUACACUUAAGACUCAACGGGAAAUUCCCCCAAAGCCUUAUGUGACCUGGCAUUUUGAGACAUUGAGUGGCACAACGCUUGCCUGGAUCAACCCCUUUGGUGGCAGGUCAACAUUUAAAGAGCGACCCUGGAACAACAGCUUGUCUUUGAAUGGCUACGCAUUGACUAUCAGCAACGUCCAAGAACAGCACUUCGGGACUUUUGUCUGUCAAGUUUCUGAUUCGAACGUUCCAAAAUACCAUAUCACAUUUAUACUAAUCAAGCUCCAAGUGAGUGUGAAUCCAACCUCUCUCCUGCUGCCGGAGGAACCUCUGUCUCUGGCCUGCAGUGUGGGAACUCAAAGGAAACCUGACAUACACUGGCUCAAUCCCCAAGGACAGAAAAUGAAAUCUGACAAGGGAGCACUCACUAAGAUAGUCACAAGCCAAGACAAUGGCCAGUGGACCUGUGUUGUGACACAUGAUAGAAAAGAACACAAGGCUAAAGUUUCUGUUAAAGUUUUGGAUCUCUCCCCAGUUCCUUCACCUCAAUAUACAUCUGCCAGCUCAUCCCUCCGUAUCCCAUGCUCCUUUCCAUCUCACGUCACCUGGGAAGAAAUUAAAAAAAAGGGCAUCAGGAAAAUUCAGUGGAACUUCUCCCCUACUCCAUCCUCAAGUCUUAUUUCUAAAGAUGGAGAAAUGCUCUUCUCUCUCUCUCCGGAGAAUCCAUUGACCUGGCAGACAGAACAAGAAAAAGGACUGAAACCUGUACAGGACGUUACAAAAGGAGAUCUGUCACUGGCUAGAAAUCGGGGAAAAGAAGAAGACAGAGGAAACUACACAUGCUCCAUGAAAUUUAAUAAUGGUGUGACUCUGAGGAGGACUGUAAAUGUAGAGGUGUUGCAAAUCAUCUCCUCCCGAGGAACAAAGUUAACUCCUGGUCAGCGGGUCAACCUGUCUUGCACUACCGGUAAUCCACUGCAAACUGAUGUGCAGUUAAAAUGGUUUCCACCCGAAAAAUCAUCCGUGUCAAUCCCUGACGAUCACCCUGCCCAUCUUACCAUCCCAGAAGUGGGGACAGGGGAUGGCGGGAAAUGGAAGUGUGAGCUGAGGCGGAGCGACGUUCUGCUGGCGUCAGCUGUGGUAACCCUGACAAUCGAACCCAAGAUGACUGUGUGGAUGUUGGUGAUCAUAUGCAGCUCUGCAGUCAUCAUGUUACUCCUCCUCAUAGUCGCUUUUAUCCUCUGCCGACACAGAAAACGGAAGACGAGACACAUCAGGCAUCGACUCUGCCAAUGCAAAAACCCCAAGCCCAAAGGAUUCUACAGGACAUAAUAUGACUGUUUCAAGAGAACAUGGCCACCAGUUGAGUUUAUACACCAGUGGGAUGAAUUUUUCUGUCAUAAAAACUGCACACGUGCUAAAUGUGCUACAUGACAGUCUAAAAGACUAAGACAAUGUAAGAUCAUGCUCAGUUGACAGACUGUCUUAACACAAGAAACUAUGUUGGAGUUGUACAUAUCAACCAGCUUGGAUGAGUUUUAUAUUUGUAAUGUAACAUAAUCGGUUUGCUAUUGUUUAUGAUUAUUACUGACCGUGACUUUAUUUCCUUCACAUUAUCUUAGGGUCAUCUGUUUAUCGACCGAAUAUCUUGCCAUGUCUUUGAUGUUCUAUAAUACUGCAAUGAUAUAGUCGUUUGCUCGCUUCUACAAUUUAUACCCAGGCAUUAUUUGUGAACACAUGUUUAUACUUUAUUACUGAAAAUGAAAACAUGGUCUUUUUGGCAGAAAAAUGUUGAUUGCUCAAAUAAAACAAAAAUGUAAAUGUGGAAAUACUGACAAUGUCAUAAAUGCACUAUGAAUUUUUUCAAUAAACUCUCAAUAAGCA